AUGCCCUUCAGCUUCAAGUCCUUUUCCAUUCUCAUCAAACCUGCCUGGAAAAGAGAUAAUAAAUAUACGAUACUUCUUUCUCCGAAGCUACUGUUCCUACUCUUCUCUUCCACUCUCAUCAUCCUCAUCUUCUUCUUCGCAUUCCUCACCUCACACCCCUCAAACCCUUCAAACCCUACCUUCACCGCCUUCAACACCCGCCUCUCCUUCAAUGCCAGGACUGAGGGUAAGGAUGGGUUUUUUGUCGACGUUGGUGCCAACGUAGGUAUGGCGUCCUUCGCCGCCUCCGCUAUGGGGUUUCGGGUUCUGGCUUUCGAGCCUGUGUUCGAGAAUUUGCAGAGGAUCUGUGAAGGGGUUUACUUCAAUAGAGUUGCGGAUUUGGUCACUGUCUUCGAGGCCGCUGCGUCGGAUCGCGUUGGCAACAUCACCGUUCACAAGUUGGUUGGUAGGCUGGACAACAGUGCAAUUUCUGCCACAGGUGCAAAGUUGGCAUUUAAGUCGAAUGAAGAGAUAGCUUUUAAAGUACGGACCGUUCCUCUUGAUGAAGUGAUUCCAAAAUCUGAGCGUGUGCUUCUGCUUAAAAUAGAUGUUCAGGGCUGGGAAUAUCACGUUCUUAAAGGAGCAUCAAAGUUGCUCUCAAGGAAAGGAAGCCAAGCCCCAUAUCUCAUAUACGAAGAAGAUGAGUGCUUAUUACAGGCCAGUAAUAGCAGUGCAAAAGAGAUUCGAGACUUCCUCCAUAGUGUGGGUUAUCAUGAUUGCACCCAACAUGGCACAGAUGCACACUGCAUCAAGAAGGAUUGAUCAUAAUUUUGGUUUUCAGUUUCUGCAGUCCCUAGAUGGAAAACCAAGUUAUUGCCAGUUGACUAUGUCAGCUAAUUCUUGAGUGGUGGAUUGGUUGCCGAUGCUGAUGGAAACGAGUUAAGACGGGUGGCAACUACACCGCUAACUGCAAGCUGCUUCGUGAUCUCUAUCUGUCCACGAAGUUUGAAAUGCAUGUUAUUGAACAAGCAUUACCUAUGAUUCUUAUGUAGAUGUGUUCGAGUUUACGUCUUGUAUACUGUCCUUUAGGAAUUUUUCGUAUCAAGUGAAACCACAAGUUUCAAAUAGUAAUAGGACUUUUGUACAAGUCGUCUCCCAAAAGAUUAUGUUUAUCCAGACAAUUCUAAAUUAAAAAAAGCUAAGGUUUUAUAUGAAAUAUUUUA